AUGGUUGAACGGGACAACUUUGAAUAUACAAUGUGGGCCGAGGAAGUGUUUAUUAAAAAUAAUUCCGUAUGUAUAACGUAAAAUAUGUACCUGUAAUGUUUUAUUUCAAUUAAACAAUUAAAACUUCUAUGAUUUAUAAAACACAUAAUGUAUAAGAGAUCGAUGUAGAUUAAACCUAUUUUAUAUUUAGAUAGCUUUUCAAAAAAUGAAGACAAUUUUAGAACUGAAAAAACUUAUACUUGUUCUAAAAUCAAAAAUUAAUCUUGCCGAACAACAAAUGACCAAGUUGAAAGAAUAUGUUCCAACAUUCGAAUCUAUAAUAAGUAAAUCUAGGGAAUAUGAGAAAUUAAUUUUAGUUUUGAAUAGUAAGUUAAAAUAGAAAUAUUCUCUAAUGAUAUAUAUAGGUAUUUUACAGAUUUUAAUUAUCAUAAAAUGCAAUUCAACCAUUUAAUUACAAUUUCUAAUAAAUAUUUUGUUGAAAACAAUAUUGUUUAUAGAAAAAAUUGAAGAUAUCCAAGAUAAAAUAGAAAAUAUUAAAAAGGUAAAUCAAAUACUUGAUGAUAUUUAGUACUACUUACUAUUUACAUUUAACAUAAUUAAGUAACUAUGUAUAUAUUGGUAAAAUGGUAAUUGAGUAUUAAAUUACAAAAUAAUUACAUUUAAUUUUUGUUAUUUAAGGAUAUUUUGGAAGGUGAAAGAGUACAAAAAAAUUCAAUAAAAAUUAAUCAAAAACGGGGUAAAUAUCACAUUCAUAAAAAACAAAAUACGUAGAUAUUCCAUAAUUUUAAUUUAUUUAUAUUGUUUGUUUUUAAGGUUUUUUCCUCAGAAUAUUUUAAACAAUAUGUUGUAAUGUAGAUUAUAUAAUAUAGGUAACUAAUUUGUUUGUAUAUAUUUUCUCUUCAAUCUGUUCAGUGGUCUACUAUAUAUAUAUAUAUAUAUUUUUUUUUACGUUUUCUCAAGUUUCAAUUAUAAAACUACUAUUUGUGUUUUGAAUUUAGGUUUUUUAUUUAAAUUGAACAUUUUAAUAGUCAUGUUGAGCAAAUUAUUUUAAUUGGUUUGCUACAUUUUUUAUAUUCCCCAGAGAAAACUUUGAAGAAAAUGUUAUCAAAUUUGUAUGAAAACAGUUAUGAUUCACAGGAACAAAAAGAAAACAGAUUGCAUGAAUUAGAAAAAGAAGCUAAAGAGUAUAGUAAUCCUUCUUAUGUAUUUAAAGUAAAACCAUGUCUCUAAAAUAUUCAAAAGCUGAUUAAAAUCAAUUCAUAUGAGUUUUUUUUAUUAGGAGCGACAAGAAUUAGAUUACUAUAUAAAAGAAUUUGAACUUUCAAAAGCCAAAAAUAUGAUGCUUAAAGAGAUGAUGUCUAUGAACAUCAAAACAGUUGCCAAUCAACAAAGAUGUGAUCCAAGUGUUAGUAAAUAA